AUGGCGAAAAAAUUGCAAAUGAAUGAUGGAAUUAGUAAUGCUGUAUGUCAGAAGAGAUUAUUGUCUCAUUUGGAGAACGAUGAAUGUGAACAAUUUUUUAAGUGUUGGAAUGAGUUAUUUGUUGAAGAAUGUAGUAAAUCUGCGGAAGUAAUUUCAUUGGAAUUUAAUAUCCAUUUGUAUUUCGUGACAUUUCCGCUUCGUAAAUCACCAUCAGAUAAAGAAGAAUAUAGGAAAAGAAUUGAAGGAUUGAAGAAAUUGUUGGAGGAUGAAAAUGGUAUCAGAUACAGUGCUGAUGUUCAGCUUGUUCAGUACUUUGCAUUACCUUAUGUUGUUGAACCUGAAAAACAUCCUGUUUUUAAAGAAUUAGCUCAAAAGAAAUGGGCCAAAAGUCUUUUUGAAAAUUUAAGUGUAUUUUUGGCAAAUUAUGCGACAAAUAUCGAUGAUACUCAAAAUGUUUUAUUACAAAAAUGGAUGACAGCUUAUCGAUUACAAUAUAAUGAAUUGUUGGAAAAAAAAUGUCUCAAAUUACAAUAUAAUUACAAUCGGAUUGUUGAUAUUGUCAACGAAAUGUUUAAUUACGUGGAACAAUCAAAUAAAGAAGUGGGAGUAAUUCAUCUAUCAGCUGAAUAUAUUAUGGAAAUGAAGGCGCGUUUUGAAGAUGUAACAACAAGCGCAGAACAACAUAUGCAAACAAAUAUUGCUAGUAUAAGUGAAACAUCAGACAAAAAGUGUGAUAGGCCUGGAAAAUUAAGUACACGUAUGAAAAAGAAGAAUAGAACAGUGAAAAAUGAUGAAACAGUUGACAAAUUGACGCCAAUGGUUCCAUCAAAAACACUUAUCAAAUUGAAAGAGAUGAAAGAGGAAGAGGAAGUGAUAAUGGACGAUGUGAUUGGAAGGCUUAAUUAUACCAAAAUUGGAAAUUGUCUGAUUAAGAGUGCUUCAGCAAGGCUUAGUUCUCUUUUAUUGCAGGCCUUACGUCAGCGUAUAACAAGAAUACCAAUUGAGAGUGCUGGACAGGUGUUGGAAGUUUAUGCAAAUAACGAUUUAUUGUUAUUGAAACAUUUGAAAAAUAGUGUAGUAAGCGUGAUUACAUCACAAGGUGAUAACGGAAAUGAUACGAAAGAAGAAUUGUGCCGCUUACUAAACUCUAUCGCAUCAUUUAAUCUUGGCCGAAACUAUCUCUUGGCCAAUAAUCAGGGCAAGGAAUUAAUUGCAACAUUAACGAUGGCUUUAAAAACCAAAAAAUUACACCAUUAUGCGGGUGAACAUGUUCUGGCAACACUUCAAAAGCUUAGUAUAAGAUCAUCGGUGCAAAAAGAAUUGAUAAAACUAGGUAUGGUGGAAUGGUUAUCAAUAUACCUUGGUGGUAAAUUAAGUCCAACAGCGCUUGAUUAUGGUUGUGCAUUAUUGUUAAAUUUAUGCUUAGAUCCAUCUGGCAGAUCAGCAGCUUCACGUGUGGCUACAAUUUUUACUACAACAAUAGCAAAUUUAAUAUCUGAUCAUAAAUUACAGGUAUGCACAUACAUUAACGGUAUACUCUUCACAAUACUCGGUAUUGCACAAAUAAAAGCACGAGUGAAAGAGAUCAAUUUAAUUAAUGCCGUCAAAGAGAAAAUAAACAAUCAUCAUUGCAAGGAUGACGAGAAACAGCUACCGAUUAUUUACAAAAUUCUUAACGGUGAUCUUGAAGCGCCGCUUAUUUGGCAUUUGGGUUUCAAUGGAACCGAAGAAGUCCAGGAAAUCGAUUAUGUAGAAGCGGAAGUCGAAAGCACGGAUACGGUAGAGCCUCAUCUGGACGAACUCUUCGGUGAAAAGCUAUUAAUUGCGAAGUUUUGCUUGGCAGAUACAUUAGACAAGCCAGUUUCUCGUUCUGACAUGAAUAUCAUUGAUAGCAAUGAAAUAACUGUUCCACCAGGAACUGUACUAAAUAAACAAGCCAAACGCCAUACUCCAGUAAUACUGCGAAAUAUUGGGAAGAACAUUAGUAAGGUACAGCAACCAUUACAGCUAGUAAAUGUUAAGUCAGGCGACUCUUUCAAACGUCCCGAUUCAGUAUCAUCACAGCAGACGUUUGUCCUCGAAAAUAGUCGUCGGCGGCCAUUGGUUGCACGAGAUCCGUUUAAAAUUGGUUUCGUUUUUAAAUGA